AUGGCUAAACGAUUUGGAUCUACGGUUUUACUAGAUGAACCGUUUGAAUGGUACGAUGAUAGUAGUUUGGAAAUAUUUGCGGACGCGAUCGAGGCCGAUGGUGAAAGUUCUACGGCAAGGUCAAGGCGUAAAGUUGUUAACCGCAACCGUUGGGAAGCUGGAGAAAGAUUGUUUCACGACUACUUUUCUGAUGAACCGAAAUUCGAUGAUGACUUUUUCGAGGAUAGGUAUCGUAUGCCUAAACGUUUAUUCUUAAAUAUUGUUCAUGAUCUUGAGUCGCGGCAGCUUGCAACCGGUAACCCACCGGAUGAGUAUGAUGAGUACUUGGAGAUGGCUCAAAGAACGUCACGCGAAUGUCUCCAGGUUUUUUGUGACGCCAUUGUAGAAAUGUAUGAGCAAGAAUAUCUGCGUAGACCAACAACGCAUGAUAUUUUGCGGUUAUACGAAGCACAUGAAGAGAGACAUCACAUUCCCGGUAUGUUGGGCAGCCUAGAUUGUACACAUUUCGUAUGGAAAAUGUGUCCAGUUGAGUUGAGGGGCCAGUAUAAAAGGGGUGAUCAUCAAUACCCCACGAUUAUGAUGGAGGCGACGGCUUCUCAUGAUUUGUGGAUAUGGCACGCAUUUUUUGGUCCUCCUGGUUCACUGAACGAUAUCAAUGUUCUGCAGCAGUCUCCAUUGUUCCUCCCCGAGCGCAUGGGCACGACACCUAACUGCCCAUUCAGUGUGAAUGAUCACACGUACCGACGUGGCUAUUAUCUAGUGGAUGACAUAUAA